UACCAGUUUUUCAUGUGGUUGACUAUAUGGUUUGGCGCUAUGAUGUCUCAAGUACAUAUACGUGUAAGACUAUUUUUUAUUUCUUCCUCUGAAUAUGUUAAGGGUCUCUCUACCAUUCCAUCGUCCUUUGAUUCACUAGUAAGUGAUGUUUUAAGAUAAAAAGAAUCAAUGAUGAUUAGGAUACUAAAGGUUUUGAUUCAUUCUAAUUCCCCGACCAUGGAGGAGAAGACCCCCGAUCAAGGAAUGGAGGCCUAGAUGAGGGCUCCAGUCCGGAGCCACCCCCCGGCGAGAAGACAAACCCCCUGAUCAGGGAUUUUAGCGCAUGCGAGCGGAGAUCCGGGAUGGCAUUGUUAUGCAAACCACCGAGUUUUAUCAUUCCUUUUCGGAUUAGGUCAGUUAUGAACCAAUAUUCGAGUUUUCCUUGUUAUUUUGGCCCAAAACUUUUGUAGCCUAUAUAAGGGGUUGAACUAAGUCUUUUGGAGGUUAAUCGACAAUUUUAUUCAGAACCUAACCCUAGAAAUUGAGUGUUGAAACACCAACUUCUUCUCUUCUUCUUUCUUGAUCGCUAAAUAGAUUCAACAAGAGGAAACCAAUGUUUUCUGCUAGCAAAUCACCCUAGCCGAAUAGUCAUUCGCAUACCCGGCCCUCUUCCCAACGUGUGCAUUUGGUUUGGAUUAUUAUUCGUUUUUGUGAUCGUUGUGCUUCUAACCGAUCUUCACUGCGUUUGUGAUUGUUUAAGUCUGGUAGUUAGAGCCUCGACUGAUAUCAGCUAGGCAUUGUGAUCAAGGACCAUACUGGUAAACUACUUUUUUAGCGGCAGCAAAAAAGAUCAGGUGCGCCACUGAACCAGAUCUGCGCGAAGCAUUGGCAACAGAGUUCGGUAUGCAGCUUGCCCGACAACAUCAACUAGGAAGGCCGAUUCUGGAGCUUGAUAUUCUCACAAUUGCUAAAAUCAUAAUCGAACCUGAUUCUAUGCAAACAAAAUUGGGCAUUAUCUGUCUCAAUAUCUGACGCUUACUGGGGGGAAAUCGAGGUAUGGUGGGAUAUGUGAGUAGGGAUGAAAUAACCUUGCGCAUGUAAUGUCACAUUCAGACUAGAUGAGAUGAGGCGGAAGUGUGGUUUGAUCGCCCACCGGAUUUCUGCUUGAUCAACUUAUGUUGGAUGAUGUAACGGUUUCGUCUGAUAAAUAAAGCUGAGUGUGGAUUUCUAUAUAUAAAAGAGAUAUAUUUGUCGCUCUAAAAUUUUGAAUUUAUCACCCUAGCCUUACACAAAAUUACCCUACUAUCCCUGCCUUCUUACUUGUAAGUAAAGCAUGUAAUAAAAUGUAUAACUGGAAAUAAAACUCACACGUGACCACAUGCAUCACAUACAAACAUGCAUAGGUAGAUUUAUCACAUAUAUCAGCCAAUCUCAAAAACUUAAACAUCGUAAAGUGUAGAAUUUACCCUCUUAACACUCACCUUAGUAUUCAAGUCGAGCUGCUUGAACUACCAUCAAAUUAGCACACAACCACUCCUUGACUUUUCGGCAUAGCCACCCAAAACAACCAUUCCUUCAUGGCCUUGCGAACCAACUGCCAAUACACAUAUGCACACAAAAAGCCACCCACUGAUGGCAUUCACUGUUAGAAGUUAGAAGUAUCAUUUUGUAAUUAACCCUGUUUAGGGUGAUACUUGGCCGAGUAUGUAUAUGUUGUGAAGGCCAAGUAUUGAUUUAAGCUAUACGUGAGAAUAAGAAACCUAAACUCUGCCUUGUGCCGUGAAUUAGUCCCAACGAUCAUCGUUGGGGAAACCACGUAAAUCUGAUGUCUUGUGUUCAUAUUUCUACGAUUUAAUAAGCUUAUUGACAUGGUAUUCUCCACUCUACACAGUCAAUCGAAUUGUACAAUCCAUCAUUACUAAUCCAUUAUCAUUACAUAGAGCAGUAGCCAUGUAAAGUCUUACCCACUAGUUUUAAUUCCUUGCUCUCUCUCUCUCUCUCAACUAUCUCCCAAGUCCCAAGGACACAUGAAAUUAGGCAUUCCCAACCCACGCAAAAGAGUCCAAAAUUGUUAUAUAAUCAUCAUGAAUCUGAUGCAUAUAGAUUUAUUAUAUUUUCUUACUUGGAUUAAUUAUUAUUAGUAGUUGUGUUAGGAGAUAAUUAUGGUAGUUAGUUGUUAGUAGAACGUGGGAAGUGGUUCUACAAGAAUAGGGUUUAGUUGUUUUUUCCUUUGCAAACGUGAUGUAUUUAAGUUCAGAGUUUAUGGAAUAACAGAGAGGAGAAUUUUAGCAAAGAAACCACUUGGUCUUUUCUCGCCAAGAAAGGAGAAAACUGGUUCAAUCCCACCAAGAAAAGGAAUCCAUUCACUCAUAUGAUUUCAACACGUAUCAUUUGGUAUCAGAGCUAUCGAUCCGUGUUUCGAUCAUGAUGAGAUCAGAGAAACCAUCAAGAGAUGAACUCAUCAAUCGAAUGAUGACGUCCUUGGAUAUAGCGAUGGCAGCUUGUCGUAGAGCCAUCAAGGCUUCCAAUAGAGUCACCACAUCACCACCACACGUUGAAGUUUCUAUGUCGAUAGAGAAAGGCAGAGAAGAUUUCGAUGUUGCGCCAUCUGCACGUUCGAUGUCGUCCGUCUCGCCCGCAACAACUUCACCUAUCGUCGAGGAGAUUGAUCUGGUGACCGAAGAACCCAUGAUGUUGUUAACCGUGGCCACACCUAGACUCGCCAUAAAGGAGAAGCCGUCCUCACCUGCCACUGUCAUUGUUGGUGGUGACAAAGCCACCACGCCAGCGCCGUCGCAAGCCUUAGCUGAGUCGGUGGAGGUCAAGGAAGAAUAUGUCGUUGAUGCCCCCGAUGUAGUCCUGGAGGACGCCGUUGUUUCCCGAGAGAGCGGGAUUAUUACCGCUCAUGUACAACCACAUCACGCCCUAAAGCAUCAUUAUGAGGAGCAACAACAAUCCAUCGUAUUCAUUGAUCAUCCAGAGCCCACGUCCUCGUUCAUCAUUAGUGGAGUUGAGGGAAGGUUGGGAGGAAUAGCUUACGACGUCGGUAAGCUCUUUACCUCACUCAAUUCAUUGGUUAAUUGGAAAUAUACAAAGAAGCGGGCGGAAGAUGGCGACCAAAGCCACAGCACGACGGGAAGCCGCGGCCAUAUCGACCCGAGCAUGGGAGGAUUGACCGGUUGUUUGUGGUGUGGAGUUAACCCGGAGAAGCCCACAGGUAGAGUUGUUGAUGAGGGAUUGAUUGGUUUUGUGCCAAGUGCAAUCAUGGCCCAAGCUGUGGGAUACGCACGAGAGGAUCUGUCAAUUGUGAGGGGGCCAUUGCUGAGCAAUGUUGAUGGGACGCCAGCUCUUGGAGGCCAACUAAUGAGCCCUCAACAAUGUGAUCCUAGAGGAAUGCAAGGGAAGUUGUGGACUUGUUUCAUGCAUGGGAAAGCAAGUAGAAAAGGUAAAGGAUAUUUGAAUGAAGUAAAGUUGGAGUUGGUUAACGAGAGGAAUCAAUUGGAUGGGUUAAAGGGAAUGCCUUUAGGUUUCUCAUUAGGUGAACGUUCACUAAAGCCAAUUAUUCGGCAUGAGGGUGUGGAGCAAUUUAGUUGGGUAGCUUCAAGAGCUGUUGGUGAAUUCGCUUCUGCUAGAACUCGGGGCUUGGGUGGUAGUUUGAUAUACCCAGUGGCACAUACGGAUAGAGACAAGAAGCAUGGGUUUGAUCAAGGACUCCUAGUUCCCUCUGCAAAGGAAGACCGAAGCGAUGAAGUGAACCAAGACCUAUCGUGGGAAGCUGGAGCUCUCGGUGAUAGGGGCUGUGUGGAAGGGAUCGAGCGCAAUUGGAAGUAUCGCAAACAACAACCUUCUUUUACGUUGAUUUGGGUUGCGUAUGGAUUGAAUUAAUUCGCUAAUUAACUCGAUCCUUGAGG